AUGUCCUCUGGUGCGCGCUCUGGUGAGCGCAUGGUGCAUCAGGACUUCAUCGCGCGCAUCCGCUUCUCCAACGCCCUCCCGCCGCCUCCCAACCCCCCCAAGCUUCUCGACAUACCCAACACCGGUCUGGCCAGCGGCCAGUACACAACCCCUGGGUUUGCGUCGCGGCUGGCGCGCGAGCAGCCGCUGAACAUCGAGGCGGAUGCCGAGCUGGGCAUGCCCCUCGACCUGGUGGGCAUGCCGGGCGUCUUUGACGGCGACGAACGAUCCAUCCAAGCUCCCGCUCAGGCGCCCGCUGUUCACCCUCACGACCGCCCGCUCCUCCGACCCAUUGCCGCGCUCGGCAAGCCCAAGGUCGCCGAGGCCAACGUCUCCUUCCUCCGGAGAACAGAGUACAUCUCGUCCAUGACGCCGAAGCGGUUCGAGGGCGGCAACCCCAGAGCCCUGCUUGCCAAGGCGCGGAAGCCUGAGCGCGUCGCCCCCGACGCCGCCGCCGACUCUCCCCAGGUCAUCAAGCGCAAGAUCGAGCGCGGCUUCGACGCCGCCCAGCAGGACCUCAGGGAUCCCAAGAGGGUCAGGCACCCUGCCAAGAAGCACCUCAAGGCCGUCGAAGCCAUGCCUCUUCUGCCGGACCUGGACGCCUUCCCCGACUCGGGCGCCUACGUCACGGUCAAGUUCCUCACCAACCCCGUCGCCAGCGCAAACGAGUUCGACACGCGCCUCCUCAGCGGCCUCUUCCGCCCCAUCGAGCGCACCGAGGCCGAGGAGGCGGCCUUUGAGGCGGCCCUGGAGGCCCACGAGCGGGAUCCCCUCAACAACCCCAAGCCGCAGAACCUGAUGAACUACGACUUUUACCUCGGCCAGACCGGCGCCGUGGCCGACAACUUCCGCCGCAAGCUCGACGUCGACGACCCCGACCACGGCAGCGAGGACCUCUACACCCACCACCAGGGCGACAGCGGCGGCUACUUCCAGUUCGACAGGGUGCGAGCCUACGAGACGGCCCAGGAGACGGAGCUCGACCACCCCACCAAGUACGACGACGAACUCAUUCUCGCAUACCACGACGAGGACAUGUACCCCAAGCAGAGGGCCAUGUACUACUACCCCGUCAUGCAAAAGUCGACCAUCCGGCCCCAGCGGACCAAGAACAUUGCCCGCACCAUAGGCAUUCCCGAGCAGGAGGAGCAAAUCGUCGACCAGCUGGACAUUACGGUGGACGACCCCACGGAGGAGAUGCUCGACGCCAUGAAAAGGUACAAAAAGGAACCCCUCGGCUGGGAGCAGGAAGCCGAGGAAGAGGAGCUGUUGCAGGAGCAAGACGCUGAUGGGGAUCAAGCGGAGCCUGCGUCUCCCUCGGAGGAGAGGGAUGCCGAGGGAGAAGAAGAAGAAGAAGAGGAGGAAGAAGAAGAAGAGGAGGAGGAGGAGGCAGAAGCGGAUCAUGUGGGGGAGGAAGAAGAGGCUGUUGAUGAUGAUGAUGAUGAUGGUGAUGAUGACGAUGACGAUGACGAUGGCGGCAACGGCGACGAUGGCGACGACGACGAAUAA